UAGCAAGCCUGUAUUGGUCAUGUUCAAUAGACCAAGGCGUAAUAAAAUCUCCACUAUAUAAGGAGAAUUCGCGCAGGACUUCUAUCACAAGUUUCAUCGAAUCAAUCCAUUACUGAUCAUCAUGUUCAAGGAAUUAGCUGUCCUCUGUCUUUCUCUGGCCGUAGUCUACGCUGGUGGAUACGGUGGAUACCGUAAAGGAAAAGGUGGAUAUGGCGGUGGAGGCUGGGGUGGUGGCGGAUUCGGCGGCGGUGGAUUCGGCGGCGGAUUCGGAGGUGGAAAAGGAGGAUACGGUGGAGGUUAUGGCGGAAAAGGUGGAUACGGAGGUGGUUUAGGAGGAUUCGGAGGUUUCGGUGGUGGUGGAUACGGAGGCGGAUAUGGUGGAUACGGAGGUGGAUUAGGAGGUGGAUUCGGAGGUGGUAAAGGAGGAUACGGUGGUGGUUAUGGAGGUAAAGGUGGAUACGGAGGAGGAUACGGAGGUGGACUCGGAGGCGGAUUCGGAGGUGGAUUCGGAGGAUUCGGUGGUGGCAAAGGAGGAUACGGAGGCGGAUAUGGUGGAUUAGGAGGAUUCGGUGGAGGUUUAGGAGGAUACGGAGGUGGAUAUGGUGGAAAGGGUGGAUACGGUGGUGGAUACGGAGGUGGAUACGGAGGUGGAUAUGGUGGAGGUUUAGGAGGUGGAUUCGGUGGUGGAUUCGGAGGAUUCGGUGGUGGCAAAGGAGGAUACGGCAAAUAUUAAGCGAUUAUCCAUGCAUUGACGACCAGAAUUCCUUGAGAAAAUCCGUUUUGUUUGCAAUUAUGUUUGUUGUUUGAUAUUUAUUUAGUUAUGCAACGGAAUAAACAUUUCCAUAAAACUAAAA